GACGUGUGCUACAUGAUCUGGCAAUCCAAAUCAUCCAAUCCAGUCGCCUCUUUCAGAAGGGAAAGCAGAGAGAAAGAAAGAAGCCAGAAAGCCUCGAGUGAAGUGAGCAAGCCAUGGGCUCGGCAACAGUCCUGGAGGUGAUCCUCGCCAUCAUCCUGCCUCCCGUCGGCGUCUUCCUGCGCUACAAACUCGGCGUGGAGUUCUGGAUCUGUCUCUUGCUGACCAUACUGGGGUACAUACCGGGGAUCAUCUACGCGGUGUAUGUGCUGGUAGUUUAAGCAACAGCCUCUGCUGCAGGGUCCGGGCUUGGACGAGCGAGUCGCUGUGCACGAGCAACUGAUGCUGUCUGUGUUAAGAUAGCAUGUCUUUGUGUAAGCUUGUAUGUAUUGAAUAUUGCGGAUUUCAAUUUUUUUUGAAACUUGGUAUUGUUGAUGUCACGAGUGUACGUAGCUCGAGGGCUUUAGAGCAUUCGUCGGCUCCAGUGUUUGUGAUCUUAAAUUUAAAGUACUUCGGAAGCAAUCGAAGUGCGAGGUCA